AUGAAAAAAAUCGUUGAAGGUUCAGCCACUUGGGAAGACCUCUUCGAACCUUACGACAUUCGUCAAGACUAUAGGCACUUUUUGAAGCUAGUUCUAUUGGCUGAUAAUUUUCAAGAAUUAGGACGUCUAGGCGGACUGAUCGAUUCGCGUCUGAGGGACCUUGCAGGGUUUCUGGAAGAGCAUCAAUACAUAGAAUCGGUUAGGAUAACUAAAGCAUCUGAUUUACCCAAAAGUCCUUGCUUCGAAAGUGUGUCAGGAGAACUCUCCAGCAGCUCCGAAAGUGAUUGUGAGAAAGGUUUCAAACGAGCAUGGCUCCUGGGAAUGAAAAUAUUGAAGGCUGCACCCUUACCUGAUGGCACUUACCCUGAGCGCAAAGUUGACGUGACUCAAUACCUACUUCGUUUCUAUGGUACUCUACAAGAACGGGAUCCGAACACAAACUUCCUGAAUAAACUCAUAACCGCCUACGUCACCAGGUAG